GCUCUCUUUUCGUGGGCCGUGGGCCAGCCACGAGCAACGUCUCCGUCCCAGGAGCGAAACCCCAGCGGAGUAGCUCGGGACCCUCCAGGAGGAUCUGGGGUCGUGUGCCAGGGCAGCGUCAGAGUCACCCCGCUGCCUUUUACUGCCCAGUUCCCAGCAGUGGACAGGGCUGGCCUGGGCGGCCUCGGCAAGCGAGUCUCGAGCCUUAGAGAAGCUCAGGGGCGCGGCGGGGCCCAAGAAAAGGACCCCAAACUGCUCACAGUCCUCUCGGACCGCACCACUACCUCCCGCCCCGUGCCCCUGCUAGCCCCGCGCGCCUGCGGACACGCGGAAAAGCGGAUCCGUCUGCAGAGACAGGGUUUGGAGCCGCAUUGCGCAUGCCCCGCAGUCAUGGCAGGAGGAGGCGGUGGCUCCCGGCGGCGCGCGGCGCGCGGCGGUAAUUAGUGAUUGUCCUGCUCCGGGGAGGCGCGGGGCGCGGCUGAGUGGCAGCACCCCCGGACCGAGGCGCGCCCUGUAGAGGUUUCUCGAAGAGACCAGCGCGGGCCUGUUCUGAGGCCUCCGGACCGCCCGCGGGAAACCGAACCUGCACACGGGGUCGGGUCAUAGGACGGCGAGGCCGCGGAGAGGAAGGUGCAAUGGCAAGAAAUUUAUCUGUAGUCUUGAUCCUGACCUUCGCCCUUUCAGUCACAAAUCCCCUUCAUGAACUAGAAUCAGCAGCUGCUUUCCCUCAGACCACAGAGAAAAUUAGUCCAAAUUGGGAAUCUGGAAUUAAUGUUGACUUAGCAGUUACCACACAGCGACAUCAUCUACAACAGCUUUUCUACCGCUAUGGAGAAAAUAAUUCCUUGUCAGUUGAAGGGUUCAGAAAAUUGCUUCAGAAUAUAGGCAUAGAUAAGAUUAAAAGAAUCCAUAUACACCAUGACCACGAGCACCACUCUGACCACGAGCAUCACUCUGACCACGAUCGGCACUCUCACCGUAAUCAUGCUGCUUCUAGUAAAAACAAUCGGAAAGCUGUUUGCCCAGACCAUGACUCUGAUAGUUCAGUUAGAGAUCCUAGAACUAGCCAGGGGAAAGGAUCUCACCGACCAGAACAUACUGAUGGUAGAAGAAAUGUCAAAGAGGGUGUUAGUGCUAGUGAAGUAACCUCAGCUGUUUAUAACACUGUCUCUGAAAGAACUAACUUUCUAGAGACAAUAGAGACUCCAAAACCUGGAAAAUUCCUCCCCAAAGAUGUAAGCAGUUCCACCCCACCCAGUAUUACAGAAAAGAGCCGGGCAAGCUGGCUGUCUAGGAGGAAAACAAAUGAGUCUGUGAAUGAGCCCAUAAAAGGCUUUAUGUAUGCCAGAAACACAAAUGAAAAUACUCAGGAGUGUUUCAAUGCGUCAAAUCUGCUUAUGUCUCAUGGAAUGGGCAUCCAAGUUCUGCUGAAUGCAAAAGAGUUCAACUAUCUCUGCCCAGCCAUCAUCAAUCAAAUUGAUGCCAGAUCUUGUCUGAUUCAUACAACAAGUGAAAAGAAAGCUGAAAUCACUCCAAAGACCUAUUCUUUACAAAUAGCCUGGGUUGGUGGCUUUAUAGCCAUUUCCAUCAUCAGUUUCCUGUCCUUGCUUGGGGUUAUCUUAGUGCCUCUCAUGAAUCGGGUGUUUUUCAAAUUUCUCCUAAGUUUCCUUGUGGCCUUGGCCGUUGGGACUUUGAGUGGUGAUGCUUUUUUACACCUUCUUCCACAUUCUCAUGCAAGUCACCACCAUAGUCAUAGCCAUGAAGAACCAUCAAUGGAAAUGAAGAGAGGACCACUUUUCAGUCAUCUGUCUUCUCAACAUAUAGAAGAGAGUACCUAUUUUGAUUCUACAUGGAAGGGUCUGACAGCUCUAGGAGGCUUAUAUUUCAUGUUUCUCGUUGAACAUGUACUCACAUUGAUCAAGCAAUUUAAAGAUAAGAAGAAAAAGAAUCAGAAGAAACCUGAAAAUGAGGAUGACAUGGAAAUUAAGAAGCAGUUGUCCAAAUAUGAAUCUCGGCUUUCAGCAAAUGAGGAGAAAGUAGAUACAGAUGAUCGACCUGAAGGCUAUUUACGAGCAGACACACAAGAUCCCUCCCACUUUGAUUCUCAACAGCCAGCAAUCUUGGAAGAAGAGGAGGUCAUGAUAGCUCAUGCUCAUCCGCAAGAAGUCUACAAUGAAUAUGUGCCCAGAGGAUGCAAGAAUAAAUGCCAUUCACAUUUCCAUGAUACACUUGGCCAGUCAGAUGACCUCAUUCACCACCAUCACGACUACCAUCAUAUUCUCCAUCACCACCACCACCAAAACCACCAUCCUCACAGUCACAGUCAGCGCUACUCUCGGGAGGAGUUGAAAGACGCUGGUAUUGCCACGUUGGCCUGGAUGGUGAUAAUGGGCGAUGGCCUGCACAAUUUCAGUGAUGGCCUAGCAAUUGGUGCUGCUUUUACUGAAGGUUUAUCAAGUGGUUUAAGUACUUCUGUUGCUGUAUUUUGCCAUGAGUUGCCUCAUGAAUUAGGUGACUUUGCUGUGUUACUAAAGGCUGGCAUGACUGUUAAGCAGGCUGUUCUUUAUAAUGCUUUGUCAGCCAUGCUGGCAUAUCUUGGAAUGGCAACAGGAAUUUUUAUUGGUCAUUAUGCUGAAAAUGUUUCUAUGUGGAUAUUUGCACUUACUGCUGGCCUAUUCAUGUAUGUUGCUCUGGUUGAUAUGGUACCUGAGAUGCUGCACAAUGAUGCUAGUGACCAUGGAUGUAGCCGCUGGGGAUAUUUCUUUUUACAGAAUGCUGGGAUACUUUUGGGUUUUGGAAUUAUGUUACUUAUUUCCAUAUUUGAACAUAAAAUUGUGUUUCGUAUAAAUUUCUAACUAGGGCAUAAAUGCUAGAGUAGCUUAAAAAAAUAUUGCUGUCUAUAGUUUGAAUAGUUCGUAGGGAAAUGAGUUUGUAUGCUGUGAUGUGCAGCACUUAAAGUUAGUAGAUAUUGUGAUUUUUGUAUUGAACAUUGCCAUGUGUUAUGCUUAUAAGGUCAGUUGUGGUAACAUAAAGUUACGUUUUAAUAUUUAAGUUAUUCUGUUUUGGAAAUAAAAGCUGUAUGUGCAAUUCACGAUUAUUACCAGUUUUUUGUAUAAAUUGGAGAUUUGGCAUGACGUGUUCUGUAUAUUUCAGGAAAAAUGUCUUUAAUGCUUUUUCUAGAACUAAUUUAACACAGUAAUUUCCAUGCUGGAUUUUAGGCCUCUGAAGAACUGCUGGUGUUUAGAGUAAGAAUGUGCAUGAAGCCUAAGAUACCAAUAAACCUUGUACUUAAUUUAAACUAAGAAAUAAAGCGGAAAAAAGAAUUUGAGAAUUGAGGAGGCGUAGAUUUCUUAUAAAAAUCACAAAAUUGGUUAGAAAGUAGAGGGGGAAAGUUUAGAUUUAAGUAAAAACAGGCAAAAUUAGUAUAGAGUGCAUUCAUAAAUUGUCAGAGUAUUAAUGUUCCUGUAAAAACACAGUGAGCACUUUUCAAAUACUAAUUUAGUUGUACAUUUACCUUUUUUUAUAAUAGAGAAGUCUAAAAAAUGUAUUUAAUGAAUUCAAGCAAUAUAUCACUUGACCAAGAAAUUGGAACUCUUAAAUAUUUGUGUGGAGAUAUACCAGAUGAGUAUAAUGAGUAAUGGAAGACCUGGUUGGUGCCGUUGUAUAUCACCAAAAGUUGUAUAAUUGGGUGUUCUGGUUUACUAAAUGUUAGUAUUAGUACUUUGAUAUAUAUGAGGUCAUGAAAACCAGACAUUGUAAUUUGACUUCUUAGAAUCAGAAAGUAUUUUGGUAUCUUUCAGUGCUUCAGUGUUGUCAUCAUGAGCAAUUGUCAUUUUAAAUAUAGUACUGUAGACAUACUAGGGCUGUCUGUGGCAUUCUCUAGAUGUUUUUUUACAAAAUAAAUUCCUCAUGUCAGCUUGA